AUGGCUAUAGGAAACGAUGCUAGAAUGUUUGGUUUUAUCCAUUUAAUUGGUCCAGAAGAAUACCGAUGUCACGUGCUCUGCUGCGAUCCCAGUGCAAUCGAGCUCAGCCAAGCUCUUCAAGAAGCAUGCGUGUUGCGAUACCAAAAAGCCGUGGAAGCAAAAAAUCAAAGACUUGCUCCUGCAUGCCAUCAGCCAGAAAAAACCUCAAAGCGCAAAAUAUCAGAUGAAGAUUCAACAGCAGCAACAGAGGGUGAAACAGAAGUGGAAGAAGAAAAGGCUUCUUCUGUGAUCGAUGGAGAGGAUAUUCAACAACUUGCGGUCGAUCCGGACGACCUUGAAAGAAUUGAGGAAGCGAUCGAAGAAGCCAGACGAGUUCUUGUGACGCGCUCAAAUAUGCGUCAGAAUCGAACAAUAACAGUCCGUAAGAAUAAUAUGUCAGGCGACGCCGAUGCAGAUUAUGAUUUCCGGAAUAGAAUAACGCUUCUCAAAAGAAAAGACUCACUCAACUGGCCAGUUCAUGAAGACGAUCUUAUAUUUGGAGCAAGUCAUGUUGAAAAUCUAAAGGAUUGGCAAUUGAUUGGGUCAAAAGAGGACUUCAUUGAAUCGGCGAUGGGAGCAGGAGAAAUGGACAAACGAAUCGGGAAUCGACUUCUCGGCAAGCCAAGCUGCAUCACUCGCGCCAAGAUGGACUUGAGCCACGAAGCACCCCCAGUUUACAAACUUGACAGCCGCAUCAACUCGAAGAACGCGCUUAAAAACUGGCAAGAUCACAUGACACACAGAAAAAAACAGCAGGGAUAUAUUUCUUCUUUGCUUCAAAAAGAAAAUAGCCAACUUAUUGGAAUGAGUGGAGAAGAUUUUCGGCACACUCUCGAAGUACGAGAGCUUAUUGAUAGAGCUAUCCCAGCUGUUGAUAAGGGAAAAGGCUUUCGAGUUGGCUCUGAAUUCUGGAGGCAAUACGAAACUAUUGGCCCCGAAGAGACUGGCCUCAAAAUGAGCCUUGGCUUAUCUGAAAAGGGCCAGGCACGUCCUUUAGAACGCAUCGGAAAGCCAAAACUCGUCAAAGAAGAAACUUGUGAAAGCAAAAAGUACGCAUAUCGACCUGACUCGGAAUAUUUGGUCUCGCGAACUGAAAAGCUAAAACACAUUCUUGCCGAAAUCGAAGGACACCGUCCCGAUAUCGACAAUAUUAUCGUCAAAGGCAAAGAAUAUUACGAAGCCGACACCGAAAUUCUCGAGGACCAAGCUCAACAAAGAUUAAAUAAUGGCAACUUUUCUGACAGUGCUUCUGAAGAAUCCUCUAUUGUUAAUGGAUUUAUCAGAGGCCCAGCAGUUCGAGUGGAAGACUACGUGGUAACAGCCAAGUGCAAAAACGGACACCCAGUUUAUCUCUACUUCGAUACGAUGAUAGGCGAGCUGAAGCAUGCCAAAAUCACUAUAACAAAUGUUGGCACAACUGUAGCCAUGUUCGAUUGGCACAAGGAGCAUCGAGAAAUCAGCUUUGACGGACCUAAUCGAAACAACAAGCAGCGCUUUUUCUUCAACGCGGCGACAAAAAAACUCCUCCCUGGCCAAAGCGAGACGCUUCAGUUUUCCUUCAAGACGGAGAAAAAAGGCCAUUUCCAUGAAGUGUGGAGCUUGCAGCUUAGUCCAUCAAUGCCAUCUUUCACAGUGAGCUUAAAAGGCAUCGGAAGACAGCCAGAAAAUGACAACAAGUCGGCGAAGAGAUUACGAGAAGAAGCAUUAUCGGCUUCUGAAUACAUUCUUAACAAAGUUUUGCAGCGAAUACGACCAAAGCCACAACCUCUUCUUGGCGAAGCACCCAAGUCAGAAGAAGAGCUCUUCAAAGUUCAAAAUCCAACUCUUCCUUAUCGAUACCAACCGGUUGAAAACAUGCGACGAGUCUGGCUCAAGUACAUUCUCCGUGCAAGUAGCGCCCAAGAAGACGUUCCAACAAUUGGCCUCGUCGAGGACGAAAGUUCUGAAACUGUUGAGCAAGUGGAUACAACCGUUGAACCAUGGGAUGAUCCAGCCGAGUGGGACUACGACAUUCCUAAAUUGAAGCGCGAAAUUCUCGCCCUUGACGACUUCGAAAGCAAAGAAGAUGCGCUUCAGAUCAUCGAAGAGGCUCUCGUAUCGCUUCUCGAAGAAGAAACCUUCCUGCCCCUUCCACAACCGGACAUCAAUGAUGUACUUAAGAACGUCGUUGGCGAAUGCAUUGAGCGCAUCGGAGACGAGAUGAAUUGGAUUCGACAGGCGUUCAAGGUUCUCCCGGUUGAGGAUUUCCCCGAACUUAAAGUGAACAGACCCUCUUCAUCUGAAACUACCUUGACCAGUAUCAGUAAACGAGAUUUGAAUCUACGAAAAACUCCAUCCGCAACAAGAAAAACACGCGCUGGCAACGCCGCUAAAGAAGCCGCACUUCUCGCUAAAGAAGCCGCGGAGAGAGCUGCGGCUGAGAAAGCAGCUGCAGAGGCUGCAGAAAAGGCUGCAGCAGCGGCGGCAGCAGCAGCUGCCCAGAAAAAAGGCAAAGGAGGUCGUCGUGGAAAGGCGUCAAAAGACGUGGGUCCGCCGAAGGUUGAAAUUCCACCAGUGGAAGUUGUCUCAAUCACUGAUGGAUGGCGGGACAUCCGUGAGCCCGAAAACGCCAACUUGCAGAUCAUCAUGCAGCGAAAAAUGCACCAUGUUGUCAAGGAGCUACUGGGCAAAUGCGUUGAGAAUCUCUGUGAUGUUCUGUCCCAAAAAUAA